AUGCCUCUUGUUGUCCCAGGAAUCAACUCGGGUGGUGACAAGUCAAAGACCGAGGAGUGGACUCAGAAGUUGGUUGGCAAGAAGAUUGGUGAGAGCCAUGAUGCUACGACCUUCGCAAAGACAGAUCUUCCCAAGGAGACCCGAGUCAUUGAGCCAGGAUCCAUGGUUACCAAAGAUUUCAAGCCAGACAGGUUGAACGUUCACCUUGCUGAGGACGGAACGGUCUCUCACGUUGAUCACCAGUAG